AUGGAUGAUGACAGCCAGGACGAACUGAUAAACAAGAAUGCUGCUCUAGGGAAGGGCAAAAGGCAGUGCCUCGCGCUCCUCAGUGAAACAGAAAGCAAUGGUGGGAAUAGCUGUGAUUCAGAGGAUGAUACUGGAAGUGAAGAGGAAGAUGAUGACACUGAGGCAGAGGGAGGUGAGGAAGACAAGGAAGAAAGUGAAGAUGAAGAAUUAGAAGAUUGUGAAGAUGAUGAUGAAGAGGAGGAAGAGGAAGAAGAAACUGAGGCUGCUGUGGAGGGAAUGGCUGAUUCUCUGAAAUUAGAGCCACACUUGAAUGGAGGAAGCAUCUCCUCUGAUGAGGAUGGUGAAAACUGCCCCAUUUGCCUCAACACGUUUCGGGAUCAGGCUGUGGGGACUCCUGAGAACUGCUCCCAUUAUUUCUGCUUGGACUGCAUCGUGGAGUGGUCUAAGAAUGCAAACUCCUGUCCAGUGGAUCGAAUCCUCUUUAAGUACAUCAGCAUUCGGGCACGUUUUGGUGGUAAAAUCCUAAAAAAGAUUCCUGUUGAGAACACGAAAACUCAGGGUAGUGAUGCAGAGGAUGAUCCAACCUUCUGUGAGGUGUGUGGCAGGAGUGACCGCGAGGAUCGCCUGCUGCUCUGCGAUGGCUGUGAUGCAGGGUAUCACAUGGAAUGCCUUAAUCCACCUCUGAGUGAAGUCCCUGUGGAUGAAUGGUUCUGUCCAGCCUGUGCCCCCAUGGGUGUCAGUGCUGCUGCAGAUACAGAUCAUGUCAGUGAAGAAGAGGUGGCUGCACUCGUGGCUGAUGUUGUUCCCACCACCAGUAGGCUACGCCUUCACGUCCGAACUCGAGCUAUAGCCAGGACUCGGCAGAGCGAACGUGUGAGGGCAACGGUGAACAGGAACCGGAUAACCACAGCACAGCAGAUCCAGCACGUGCCCAGGUACCUCAUGUCAUCUCUUCUGGAUGAGACAAUUGAGGCAGUUGUGGCAGGCCUAAACACAGCAGUCUACCAGCGUCCCCUUACACCACGGGCUCCUACCAGGCAGAAGAGAAAAACAGGUAGACGGAAGAAAGCAGGAGGCAAAAGAAGAACUCAGACAAAAUCUUCUGCUGGGAAGAAGAGUUCAGGGGCACAGUCGAAGAGACGCAAGCGUGUGGUAAAGAAGAGAAGGGGGAAAAAGAUAAGAGUAAGAUCACAUGUGAAAAAUGAGGUUACUACUCGCUCCCGUAUUGCAAGAACUCUUGGUCUUGGCAAACCUGUGCGUGGAGCCUCACUCCCUUCCAUGUACAAACCCACAGAGCCCUCACUGGGUCUGAUGAGAGCAGAUAUUGGUGCAGCUUCUCUGUCUGUGUUUGGGGAUCCAUAUGAGUUGGAUCCUUAUGAAAGUAAUGAAGAGGUUCCAGCAAAUCCAGAUUCACCAGUGAGUGCCAAAAGGAGAGUUCUCUCCCAGUCAGCACUGAGGUCUCACCGUCCUGUAGCCAGACCCGUUUCUGUGGGACUUCCCAGAAGCAGUGUACCUGCCUUGAGUCCUGAUCAAGAAGCAGAAGCUGCCCCUGUGCCUGAUCUGCUGGGAAGUAUCCUGUCUGGACAGAGCUUUCUUAUGAUGAGUAGUUCAGAUGUGGUCAUCAACAGAGACGGUUCGCUGACUGCAAAGAAGGCAG